AUGCACCACGCGCUUCCACUUGAAGUAAAAAAUCUCUUCAUUAUACUAACGUCACGGCUAUUUGACGUCAUAAUGCCUUUGGCGUCAUAAUAGCCUUGAUUAUCGUGGAUAGCGCAGUUUGGUCGCCAGGCAGUGCACAACAAAAAUGGGUUUAUUUCAUAGUUGUAUGAGAAAAAAUAAAGUAGGCAUCAUCUCAGAUGAUGAGGAAGCAGCAUACAAACAGAUAGAGAAGGUGAACACCGAAGAUGUGAAAGAGGAGGUUUACACUCCGACCCUCUUGGAUGCCAUGUUUUGUGUGACAUCGAAUCAGGUCUGUUGUGAUACCACCAAUAGUUCUAGUCCAUAUGAUUGUACACCAGAUAACACUAGAUCAGAUGUUUCUCAAGAGAGUGAGAUGAUGCAGCCCACCUACCAGUCGAGUGUUCCCAAACUACCUCCAAUCAAUGGGAACAUCACGAGAAUCUUGAUUCUUCCAAUUGAUAACGAGGCCGCCUACCAAGAAUGGAAAGAAAAAACUCACAAAGCUCUUCGGGAGGAAGGUCUGUUGAAAGAAGGCAAAUUGGCGGAAAGAAGAAGAAAACUGGUGGAGCGGGGUAAACUGAAAAACUAAGAAAGAGACAGACACACAGUGCAAUGAACAACAUGGAAAUGAACAGUGUACAGACACCGUCUUUAAAAUAACAAUGACUUACUAUUUAUUCGUCUUUCCAUGAAUUUAUUUGUUCAUUUUUUAUUUGAGAAUACAAGGGACGUCUGAGCUCUUUUAUCAGUUAAUAGUAAUUGCCGUAUUACACUUCUAAAUUAUUUUUUUGUCCUUCGACCACAUAUUUGUAUUGGAAUUUUCCAGGAUGUGGACCUUAUAGACAAAACAGAGGAUCAUUUUCUGACCAAAUUUACUUUUUCAAAAUUAUUUUUGGGUUUUCUUUUCUGGUAAGUGAGGAAGGUCACUUUGACGAUUUGUCAGAUCAAAAUGACUUCCCAGCUUUCGGAACUUUGGCCUGCCAGGAACAUCAGUCUAUCAUGUAAACAGAAGGAAUGGAUUACAAUACCCUUACAUUUAGUAUAACAUCUACAUCCAUUUAGUAAAGUUUCCUUGUACUUUACUGUUUUAUUUAUAAAACUUCCGAAAUA